AUGGCAGCGGAGACGGCAAAGACGGUGCCGCCCUGGUUUGCCAGCAGGCUGACGGGGAUCAAGGAGAACGCCAAGUUCCAGAAGAAGGAGAAGAAGACGACCGACGACGACAAGGACGGCGGCGAGCAGCAGUCCCAGAUGCCGGGGCUGAAGCUGCUGGUGGAGGAGGCGAAGCGGGAUCACGGCGUGAAGUACGUGUACGUGUGGCACGCCAUGGCAGGAUACUGGGGUGGUGUGAAGCCGGCGGCGGAAGGGAUGGAGCACUACGAGAGCGCGCUGGCGUACCCGGUGCAGUCGCCGGGGGUGAUGGGCAACCAGCUGGACAUCGUCAUGGACUCACUCUCCGUGCUGGGGCUGGGGCUGGUGCACCCGCGUAGGGAACUCAGCUUCUACGACGAGCUGCACUCGUACCUCGCCUCCUGUGGCAUGGACGGCGUCAAGGUGGACGCGCAGAACAUCAUCGAGACGCUUCGGCGCUUUGGGCACAAUGACGCGUCAAGCGCUCACCAGCGCAUACCACCGCUGCUUCGAGGCCUCGAUGGCGCACAACUUCCCGCGACAACGGAUGCAUCUCCUGCAUGUGCCACAACACCGACAUGCUCUACAACAUGA